CCUAUCAGCGCACACCUUAAACUUUGGCGGUUCUUUUACUCGAUCAGCGGAUCACUGGAACCUGGAACUGGACCAGCGACCAGCGACCAGCAGCAAAAGUUUUGUUUACUAAAUUGCACACAGGCCGCAGUUACAUAAUUCUCAGGGUGCAGUCGCAGUUGUUGUUGAACUGAGGAAAAUGAGUGACUCAAAUCCAGCUGAAGGGACUACUGAAAAUGAUGAAGAGAUUUAUUACAACAAGCUGUAUGAAAGAGAACAAUAUCGCAAAGCGAAGUCGUCCAAGUGCGCCAAGAAGCUCGAACAGAUCCUGGAGUUAAAAAUCAACCGUGUGAAAUCUGCAAAGAUAAAACUUCCCUGGAAUUCAUAUUUAAGUAACCGCACGCAGAAGCUUCAAAGCGAACUGCAGACCAAUGCUGCGUUCUCAGAUUGCGAAACAUUUUUUAGUGGCAUCUAUCAUGAUGGAAAACCAUUUGAAUUAAUGGAUAACAACUUGGAUCUGAAGGUCCAGCGUCUCUUGCGACAAGUUGAAGAAAUCCAGCAGGUUGAAGGUCAAAUUCAAAGCCAAAAGCAUAAUGAAGUGUACAAAAUUCUUAACAAGGUUUGAAAUUGUGUGCAAUUGAAACUCUUUGUUUCUAUAAAUG